AAGCCUGGAGCACUCUGUGCCUUCAGAUGCCACUAUGAACUAUUACUGGGGAGGGUAACGCCCCAACACUUAGAGCUGGGGUGCCACAUCCCACUUCUCUCCUUCAAGAGAGUCAUUCAUAAGGGAGACAACACAGAGGAGGCAUGAUGACGGGCAGCAUCGAGGGAAUUGAGAGGUUUGACAGUCCGGGAAAAGGGCGAGGUCUCCGCGUUACCAGGCCCUUUAAAGUUGGAGAGCUCCUGUUUUCCAGCCCAGCAUACUCUUACGUGCUGUCAGUGAAAGAGAGAGGCUCCUACUGUGAGUUUUGCUUCACAGGGAAGGAGAAAUUGGCAAGAUGUGGGAAGUGCAAGAAAGCCUUCUACUGCAAUGUGAAAUGCCAGAAAGGGGACUGGGCCAUGCACAAGCUGGAGUGCUCGGCAAUGACUGUAUUCGGAGAGAACUGGUGCCCGUCAGAGACGUCCCGCCUGGUGGCCCGGAUCCUCGCCAAAAAGAAAUUGCAGAAAGAAAGAUCUAUGUCUGAGAAGAUCUUGCUAAUAGGAGAGGUACAAUCACACGUGCAGGACGUAGAUAAUGAGAAAAGAGAGAUGAACGAGGCAGACAUUGCGGGAUUGCAUCGUUUUUACUCCAAACACUUGGAGUUGCCCGACCACAAAGACCUGCUCACGCUGUUCUCCCAGGUUGCCUGUAAUGGGUUCACAAUAGAAGAUGCCGAACUAUCCCACAUGGGUACUGCGAUCUACCCAGAUGUGGCACUGAUGAACCACAGCUGUCUCCCCAGCGUCAUAGUCACAUAUAACGGGACGUCAGCUGAAGUUCGGGCUGUGCAGGACAUGAAGCCUGGAGAUGAAGUUCUCAUCAGCUACAUAGACCUCCUUUAUCCAACAGAUGACCGCAACAACAGGCUGAGAGAGUCCUAUUACUUCACCUGUGACUGCCAGGAAUGUAAAACAAAGUCCAAAGACAAGGUAAAGUUGAAAGUACGUAAGCGGAGUGACCCCAUCGAGCCAGAGGUCAUCAACAACAUGGUGCGCUAUGCCAGGAAAACCAUCAAGGAGUUCAGAGCCUUCAAACACAUAAAAACCCCUAGUGAGUUGCUGGAGAUGUGUGAACAGAGCCUGGAGGAGAUGGGAGCCGUCUUUGAUGACUCCAAUGUCUACAUGCUCCACAUGAUGUACCAGGCCAUGGGGAUUUGUCUCUACAUGGAAGAUAUAGACACAGCUAUCAGCUACGGCGAGAAGAUCCUCAAACCUUACAACCAGCUGUACCCUCCCUACUCCCUGAAUGUGUCCUCCAUGUACCUGAAGUUGGGCAGACUGUACAUGGGGAUGGAGAGGCACUCAGCGGGCAUUAACGCUUUCAAGAAGGCAAUGGCCAUAAUGGAGGUGGCUCACGGGAAAGAUCACCAAUACUUGACAGAGCUGCGUGAAGCAAUCGCACGAAAAUGAAGAGAAAGGAAAGAAAUGAUGGAAUGUGACUGAUCCCUAUGGACUGCAUACACUCCUUUCAUUAGGAGCUUCACGGAACUGUAGGCACUUUCUGCUGCUUUUUGUACAGGAGCAAAGAUGGAGAGCAUUCAUAUCUUUAUGGAAAGUCUUAUGGAUUUUUGGUAAUUUAAUUUUUGUGUUGUACACAGCAACUUUAGUUGUAAGCAGAGUACUUUUCUACCUUGUUGAUGCCAGGGUGAAAAGCUGACUGUGAAGUUUGCUUUUUAGAUCAUAAGGGCUUUGAGAAGUUCUUUUCCUGUUAACUGUCAGGGAUUUCUUAUUUGUUUAGCCUUCUGACUGACUCGUCAGCUGGACCCUGUCGUCCAACAGAGUCAAGAUGUUUGCGUUUAUGUGUAGGGGGUCAGUGGUACAAAAUCCUUGUCAGGCAGUCAGGACAGCUGCCUCACCACAAGGGGCCUAUUAAAGCUCCAGAAUGUGCUCAAGCCAUUAUGGAGGGCUGGGAUGGAGGACUGUGUUUGUAUUAACACCUUCUGUGACUGCUCUGUGCUAAUUAAUGUCUCCAGUACUGCGAGAAACACACACAGUAUUGCUAGGUAAAAGAAAAUUAUUCAAAAAUUCCAAAAUAAAUUAGUUUGUGGCCAUCCUCUUA